AUGAAGAUGGCUGAAGUUACAGAUAAGCAUGUUCAUUGUGCCAUGUUAGGGGAUGGGAUGGUGGGUAAAACGUGCCUGACCUUAUCUUAUACUCAAAAAUCGUUUACGGAUACUUACACAGCGACAGUGUUUGAUAACUACCCUGUGCCUUUACACGUUGGUGGCCAGGAUUUUAUCAUCAGUCUUUUUGAUACUGCUGGCCAGAGUGACUUUGAAGACUUGAGGGCGUAUACGUAUAAAGAGAGUGAAGUUCUUGUCCUGUGUUUCUCUGUCAUUGACAGAGACUCAUUUUCCAGCGUCUGCAACUCCUGGAUUCCCGAAAUCAAACGACACACAAAACGGAGACGACCUGUUAUUCUCGUGGGGACUCAAAUAGACAUGCGAAAUGGCAACGAAGGAGAGGUUUCUACAGAAGAAGGAGAAGCCAUGGCAAAGGCCAUUGGCGCAGACUGUUACAUCGAAUGUUCCGCCAAAAGAAAGGAUGGUUUAAAGGAAGUCUUCGAACACGUCGUUUUCUCCGCUCUCAAGUUCCGCAAGAAGAAAGUCAACAUCAUCAGACGCUUCUUCUCUCGAUGA